AUGUCCAUCUCAUCCUUGAAAGAUCUUCUCCACACGACUCUUCGUGAACUCCACGCGUUGCACAGCUAUCUGGCUCUUCCCAACGCCUACAACUACGAGUCACGACUCCAGCAAACAAUAACAGACGUGUUUCACUUGCUAGACUACGACAGCGAUAAAAUAUGUACCUCGUUCGAUAUCCGUGUAUCACUGUCAGUAUCUAAUAUAGGCUCUAUUUCAAUGUUAGCCUAUACCAAUCGUCAUCUCCGCAACGAAACCUCCAGUUUAUCAUUCAUAAACGUCUUGGAUUAUGUCAGACGAUACAAUGUCCAAGACAAUCCACUGGAAAGUAAUGCCCUAGACCAGCUUGUGCGGCUAUUAGUGCUUUCGGAAGAUCGCCGGCCUACACGUAUCAAGGAUUCGUAUUCUGCCGUUAUAGUCGAGUUCUCGCAUCUUGUAGAGCAGCUCAUCAGCCUCAACUCCGAUUGCGAGGCCCAGUUGGCAUCGUAUUUAUGUAAUUGCUACCUCUAUGACUUGAAGUACUUCAAUGAUCUUCAGCAUAAGUUGGAUGUUAAUCUCAACAACGACGAUACAGAACAACUUGUCAAUAUUCUAGACGAGUACGUUAAUCACAGCCAAGAUGAAAAAUUGCAGGGUCAAGACGAAAAUGACUCGAUUUUCAUCUACGACGAUUCAGACAUAGCUCCGCUAGGCUUUUCUUGCACUGAUAGUAAUCUCCAGUGGGCAUACCACACCUUUUUGAAUGUAUUAGCCUCUAAAGAGAACCCUCGCCGUCAUGUCAAACAAUACGUCAAAGUAAUGAUAAACCUCUGUAAGAAACACAGCGGCAUAGCUUACUUUGGAAUCAACUCAACUGCGUACCGGCAGUCCAAGUUUGCCGCCUUUCGUCAGUUCUUCUCCAGCUUGCUACCAGCAGAAUUUCAAAUAAUAAACGAAAGAGCAAUUGCUGCAGUGGAGAAGACUUUUGCUGAUCAUCCACAAUCUUCAAACGAUUCACAACAAUCAAGCGAAACUACUCGAGCUGUACAAACAGAAAAUGAAGCUGUUGCCAGUGUAGAUUUUCUACAGCCUUUCGCAAAGGAAGACAGGCUCAAAUUGUACCGAAACCUCGAUCAUAUCAUCCCAUUGCUAAAUGAGUUCAAUCUCAGUUUUGAUUCAAGCUAUCCAGCAAUAUUGAAGUACUACAUGAUAGUGGCUUAUGACGAAUUGCCCACUUUGGUUGUUCCAUACGACUUUGAAUAUAUGGAGCAAGUUGUAGCUGUUGUCAACAGAAUAGUAGAUUUUGAGAAUGAAGACGAUGACAGUAACGCCGUUUCGAUUAAAGAUAACGUCUUGAAGCUCAAUACUUUGCACCACUAUUUGUCUCCCAAGAAUAUCAUGAACCAACCGGCAACGUUGCUAAUGCGUAUCAGUGUGUUGGAAUUUCUGAAACGCAUGCAAUCGAAGAAAAUAGUAUUAGAAUGUUGGAGAGACCGUUACUAUUCUUUGAGCCAGCUUGAUAGUCUCAUGCAUAAACACCAGUCAAAGUUUGAAGACCGUCUUCUGGAAAGGUACUUGAGAAGUUGGUACGGAAAGGGUUUGAAGUACUAUCGGUUGGAUCAAGAAGCCGAGACUUACUACUUGCAAAGUAUAGUAGACAAACAUUUCUACAAUUGGAAAAUGACCAUGAAUACAUCCAUUCAAAACGACUAUGCAGCGGAUAUAUAUUUCCAAAGAAAGUUCUUCAAAAUUUUUCAAGGACGUUUGAUACGUGUGCAUGAAGCUCUUUUGACAAAACUAGCGACGGAGAAGAGAGAAACAUACCAAACUUAUUUUCGAAAAUUUCAGAAGAGACACCAACGAGCCGAAGAGUUGAUAAAAAUAUCUAUAGCCAAAAAUGAUGAGUUUGUCAGAAUCAACUCAUCGAUGAUACUUAGACAUUUUUUUCAACAAUGGCAUUCUCGAGUCAAUGAAAUUAAUAUGUCAGAGUCGUCACCAGAUAAUCUUUUGGGUCUUGGUACGAAGCUAAAGAAGUUAGGUGCCAUUGAACAAAUGUUUAUUUUGAAGUUGCACUGGAAGACAUGGAAAAGAAAGCAUGAUCUACAAAGGAGAUUUAAUUCUGUCAAAGUUGCAAAUGAUAUGAUAUUAUUGAAGUUCAUUAUACGUGAUACUUGGUUGAAAGAAACCAGACUUUCUUUAACUGGUAAAGAAGUACUUAAUGAAAAAUAUAGAACCUUGAAACUUUUGUACUUUCAUUUUUGGAUUGAACAAGUUCGCAACGCUGGAUCGAUGUUUUCUUUCAAGAGAGAGAAGCUUUUAAAACGAUAUUUUAGUAAAUGGAAGAAUGAACGUCUUGACCAUCAUUCAUUAAGAAUCUAUGCUGGUAAAAGGAACACUUCUAUUUUGAAAAGUUAUUUUGUUCAUUGGAAUCGUGUUUACAACUUGUCCUUGUUUCAGUCUAAAUCACAGGAUCUUUUGAAAAGGAGAAUGUUUGUGAGCUGGCACCAAAAAUGGAUCACCAACAAGAUUUCUCAAACAAACUCUUCUAAAUUGACUGAGCAAAGAUUAUUGCAGACAGUCCUCAGUCGUUGGAGACAGAGAAUCGGAGUGAAUUCAAAACUUAACGAGAAAGCAGAUGAAUUCGUCAAGUUGAAAUUUUGGAAAGUUUACACUGGCAGAAGAAACAGAUCGAGCUGCCAAUUACUAGAAGCUGAAUUAUUUAAUAACAAAUUGUCUUUUCAGAAUUGUUUCUUGUUGAGAGCUGGUUUCACAUUUUGGAAAGAGUCUUGGCGAAGGAAUUUUGAUGAAAAGUCUCAGAGAAAGAUUCAGAUGUUUCAAGAUACCACGAUCAUACCUCACUUGAAGCGGCGUAUGAUUGUUUGCUGGGUGAGUAAAUACAAUAAGCAACUAGAAGUGAAUAAGAUCUUGGAAAGCAGACUUGACGAAUCCUACCUGAUUGGGCCCUUAGUUCAGAGAGCAUUCGACAGUUGGUCGUCAAAUUUGAUCAGUAAACAAAACUUAUUUCAGGAUGCUGACGAUCUUAAUAGAAAGUUGUUAUUGAAGAAAAGUAUGAUUAUCUGGUACAAUGAAUACUUGAACAAAACAGUUUACCUUGACGAGGUUGCCAAUGAAUUUUAUGACAAUCGUGAAUUUGAGAAAAUCCGAAGCAUCUUGAGCAAUUGGUCUAUGAAAUACAUCAAGACCAUCAAAAGAAAUGAGCAAAGUUGCGAUUUGUUUAUACAGAGAUGGGAGAAUGUUCAUUUAAAAACAAUAUUGGAUUUAUGGAUUUACAAGAUGAGAGAAAUGAAAAUGGAUAUAUCAUCACAAGAAGUUUCAAGUUUUGACUUGUCGAACUCAAGUUUCAUCAGUACACUGUCACCUUUGGCUAAAAGAAGUUUCCCACGGAGCAGUCCCGUGAAAAAGGAUGCAGCAGAAUCUUACUUCAACACGCCGUUAAAGAUGCAAUUUUCUAAAUCAACUGUCCUUACUCCAUCCAGAAUAAGUCCGACAAAGUUGCAAGAAACGACUCAGAGGUUGAAGAAUGAAAAGAUUGAUGCUUAUAGAAAACAUUUUGGUCGAGCCAAAGGCUCCAGUCCAAAGACUUCGCCCAAUAGAAACCGGAGCUAUGUAACUUCUAGAAGCUUUAUUUCGGCGGAAGAUUCGAUACUCGAUAGUUCGAAGAUAAUGUCGCGAUCCCGGUACUCCAGAAUUUUACCGCCUGAUCCGCCAAUAUUCUCGUCUGGAACUGAGGUUGAGGUCUAUAGUGAUCAAUCUUCAUCAGAAGAAACACAAAAGGUAACAGUGGAAACAGCAAAGCAACUUCGUAGAAUCACUCCGAUCAUGUUUCCCACUGACAAUGACUUGCCCAUCUUCUCUCCUGAGUCGCGUUUGAAGGCACGAUUGAGCCAACAUCUCGGCAAUAUCUAG